AGUUGCUCAGGCAGUCAGUCACUGCCGGAGGGGAGGCCGGGACCAGGCCGCCAUGUACCGGGCCCGCUGCCUGGCCGCUGUCCGCGCCGCGUCUCCUUUGAUUGGGUUGACCUCACGAUGGACAAGACCAAUGAACCUUCCUGCAAGCUCAAUGGAAUACUGCACAAAGUCAUCGGAACCUGAACAAACCAUUGGGCGAUAUCCCAUCCCAUAUAAAAAGGAUCUCCCCUAUGAUAUUGUUGAACUCAUGGAGGAGAUUGAAACUAAAAGUGGUUUUUUGCCAAAUGUAUUUAAAGUGCUUUCACAUCGACCGACUGAAUUUCGAGCCUUCUUUGCCUACUACAAUGCACUUAUGAAUAAAGAAGCAGGCCAACUCAGCAAAGCAGAUAGAGAACUCAUCAUUGUGGCAACAAGUGCUAAUAAUAGCUGUCCAUACUGUGUGAUUGCCCACAGUGCAGUCCAUCGCAUAUAUUCCAAAAACCCAACUCUGGCAGAUCAAGUGGCAGUGAACUGGCAUUUGGCUGACUUGGAUGACCGACAACGUGCUAUGUUGGAUUUUGCUCUUGCUGUCAGCUGUGGAGAAAAUAUCGGAGAAAACAAUUUUAAAAAGCUAGAGGCGCAUGGAUUUGAUCGUGAGGAUGCCUGGGAUAUAGGUGUCAUUGCUGCAUUUUACUCAAUGUCCAACCGAAUAGCUCAUCUUACUGAUAUGCGUCCAAACAAAGAGUUUUAUAUGUUGGGACGAUUACCGAAGGAGAAGGAAAUGAAGGAGUAAAAUUGUCUGAAAUCCUGUCAUGUAUUUUCAGCUUCAUGCUGAUGAUUAUUUGGAAAUUACAACAUGUUAUCUUACUUUUGGAAUGUGCAUUUGCUAGUCCUGUAUAAUGUAAAUUAAAAGUAAAACUGGAAAGAAAGUAAGAGGGAGCUUUACAUGUAAACGCCCAAACAAAGCAAAAUUAGAACUGCUUCUUUAAAAGUUGCAGAAAUAACUAAACAAACUAUGGUUUAGAUAAUGCAGUGGAAACCAAAGGGAGCCAUUAUUACUCAGGUUCUGGUCCUGUCUACUCAGUUAUUUUGUACUGUUUUAUACAGAGGUACACAAAUAUGCCCAUUAUAUAAAUGUGUGCAUUUCCUACGCAGUCCAGUGCUUAAUACAGAACUUGUCACAGAAUAUAUCAAUCUGAAAACAGUUCACUAUUUUCUAGGUGAUGCUGGUGUUACAAGACAAAUGAAGCGAGUAUGUUUUUCUUCCUCAUGAUAUGUAUUUGAAUAUAAAAUGUUCAGAUUAAAUGCUAGUUUUAGUUUUGGUCAGAAUACAGUAAUUUGAGGUUUAACAUAAAUUGUGCUACAUUUGUGGUGCACAAUGUUUUUAAUUUUGCACUUUUCAGUAAGAUGGUUUGCUGUUUUACGCAAAGAUAUUUUAGUAAUGCAAAUAUUGUUACACAUGAAUUUCUUAGCUCUCUGAAGAUAGCUUUUACUGCUGUCUAGACAUUUGAUCGUAACGUUACAGUACUUAGAAGUCAAUUAAGUUUGGUAUAAACUGCUUUAUAAACCUAUGUCUUGCUAAAUUAUAAAAGAUCUCUGUAAUUGAACUCUCAUUUUGUGUGUCACAGUGAAAUAUGUAGUAUCCAUAAUGUGGCUGAACUGAUGUGUACUGAGUAAAUGGCAAAUAAUGUAUUAAGUAAAUCAGUUUUCUU